AUGCAGUGCAGCGUGUUGGUUGCGGGUGUCUUCUACUGUGGAGCGUUGGUGGUCUGCUGGACCAGGCUCUGUGCGGCCCUGCAGGUCUCACAAGGACAGCAUCUGAUCCCGGCCCAGGACUCCACAGGGACAGACCACCAAACAACGAGCUCCACAGACACCGGAGAUGGUUUGGAAAUUAAGAAUCACGCCCCUCACCAUGCACCGUGCUUUGUGGAUGACAUGCUUGCAGAGUUGCGUGACGGUGUGGGGAACGAUGGUGAACUCACAAACUGCACUUUGACUCUCUUUGGAGUCUGCACAGUGUCUGAUCAUUUAUCAGGCUCAGUCUUAUUAGAGCUUGCUAAGGAAACAAGAAGAAACCAGAGAAAUGGAUUGGAGGUUAUGGAACCAGCAGGAGUGCAUGUGGCGGAGGAAGAUGAGAGAGGAACACUCCAGCUGGCCUUUGACCUCCCACAGUCUCCUUUGCUCAAGCAGAACCCUGCGCUGCUUGUGGCGUUUGGAGGUCCCUUCGCUGUAGGAAACCUGGACAUCACUUUCACAAGUCAGUCGCUGCAACCUGACACACAGUCUGUGUGUAUUUCAGGAGAAACACGGUACAUGAUACUGACAGGAAAAGCAUCUGAGGGCAACGUCAACCAGAACUGGAGGAUUUCUGUUGCCACAAAAUCCUCCGAUAUGAAGCAAAGCCUAAAAGACUUCCUUAUUGGUGGAAAAUCAGGAAGUAACGCUAGCAUGACUGCACUUCUGCUUUUCUCAGGGGAAAGAGGAACUGAUACAAGACAUGCACAUGCUUCAGGGUUGUUUCCGGCCUCUUCACAGACCUCCUCCUUCCUCUGUGAGCUGAAGCGGUUCCUGGGUGAUGUCAUGCCACAAGACCACCCUGAGUCCUCUCCACUCCAGCUCAGCUCCUUACAGUCCCGGCCCCCCCUGACACUCGGCUUAUCCUCCAGUGGAAUCCUGCUUGCAGAUCUGAUCAACUCCUCGGCCCUCACCAUCUUCUCCUUCACCAGCUGUUGCUCUAUGUUUCAGGUGCAUCAUGGAGAGUUGGCCCUGUCUCCUGCACUGUUGGAGGAGCUCAGGCAGAGGUUGGAGCAGGCUGUGAUGAGGGUAAUGAGGGUAAUAAGAGAGGAGGAGGUGGGUGACAGAGCUACAGAGAGACUGGUGACCCUCAAAGAUCUCAGUGCGUUUCCAAAGGAGGAAUCGCCAGCAGGAGCGAGCCAGUACCGAGCCUUUCUCCUGCUGAGGGCUCUUCAGACAGUGGCCCGUACGUAUGAGGUGCAGAGAGGACUGCGGGCCACCAGAGCUGACCCCAACAACCCAGCAAGGGACAGACAAUGUGGGCUGAGGAGCUUAACUGUGUCCCUUGAGAAGUACCUUGUGUCUCCAAACACUGCCAACAUCAAGAACUGCCAUGGCUCUUGUGAUUCCCCCAUGGACAAAACCAGCAACCACGCCGUCCUGCUCGACAGCCACAUUAGACUGAACGUGAAUGUGGAUGAGCGGGCGCCGUGCUGUGUGCCUGUGGCCUACGAAGACCUGCUGGUGGUGGACUUCAGAGAGCCUGGUGAGACUUCCAUCUGCCCUGUAAGCAACGUGGUGGCAAAGGAGUGCGAAUGCCGCUAAAUGCUGUUUCUGUUUGUGGCACAAAAGCUAUUUUGUAUGUUUUGUUUAACGGCCACUGACCAUCACCUGUUUGGUGGAGGAAAAGUCUCAGUUAACUGUUGCUGUCAUUUAUUUAUUCAGUAUUUACGGUGGUAAAUGUUAAUUAUAUAUACUUUCACAUAUAUGUACAGACAGUGUAUUAUUUGCAGUAAAUGCACACAGCACAGGGCUUCUCAAACUUAAAAAUGAUUUAUUGAUAGCAUCUUUCUCGGUUUGUUUUUAUUGUCAAAGAAACAAACCUCUUAUCCCCCAUAAGACCACUUUUUGUGCUUUAAUCAAGAUUACAAUUACUUCUGAAAAUGUUUUUGAUGGCAAUUCAAGCGUAUGUUACUAUGUGUGUGGUGAAUGACAUUUCUAAAGUGAUAUAAAAUAUGUAUUAAAUUUAAUAAACAUUUCUGAAUAAAGCAUGUCCUGCCAGACAAAAUGAAUGGUGUGCAAUACAUAAAAAUGAUUAUAUGUAACUCUCUCUGUGUUCAUAUUAUUAAUAAAUUCUAAUUAUA